GAAUGUUGACAUGUGACCACCUAGUUCCUCCGGAUCGGUACAACGAUAGAGUGGAGGAGCAUUUACGACUUACCGGAUUUUAUCAUGUAUCUCAAAUUGGGGUAGUCCAAUGUCAAAAGGCACUGGUGAAUGCUCUAAUCGAGCGGUGGCACCCUGACACACAUACGUUUCACCUUUCCAUUGGUGAAUGUGCCGUGACUCUUGAAGAUGUGGCUCUAAUUCUUGGUCUUCCGACGGACGGUCUUCUAGUUACAGGGAUGACAAUGAGUAGCUUUGAAGCCUUGGAGGCGGAGUGUUUGCUUCAAUUUGGAGUUGCACCGCGUAAGUCGGACUGUAGAGGUAGCUGCAUAAAAUUGACCUAUUUGCGGGAUCUAAAAGAAAAUUUAGAGUUGACUGAUGAAAUCAGUAUACAGAGGUAUAUGAGGUGCCACAUUAUGUUGCUGAUCGGGACGAUCUUGUUUGGGGAUAAGUCUGGGGCAGGUGUGCACUGGAAAUUUCUACCCUUGCUUCGUAAUUUUGUCAGUAUUGGACAGUAUAGUUGGGGAGCGGCAUGCCUAGCACACCUUUACAGGGCGUUAUGCAGGGCAUCUCGCUUUAACUGUAAGGAAAUAGAUGGUCCACUAACACUUCUACUCGGUUGGGCUUGGAUCCGACUGCCAUAUCUAUCGCCGCUUCCUAAGGAACCCCGCAGUUUUCCGCUAGCAAACAGGUGGCGUAACUGGGAGCGUGGUGACCGACGAUAUAGAUAUCUGAAUCUAGCUCACUUUAGGAAGGCAUUUGAUGAACUUCAGGAAGGGCAGGUGUGUUUUAAUUAAAGAAGUAUUAGUUUUCGAUUUAGGGUCUGGGACAUAAUUAUAAAGCAUUGUUAUUGUUAUUGGUAUUGUGGGUUGUAAUAAUGAGUUUCGUUUAUUUUUUCCAGUUUGUUUGGGUUGCUUAUGCUGUGGAUCGCGUGGAUCCGAACAUCAUUCUUGCUGAAAUCUACAUGUAUUCUGGAAACUCCGGAACAUACAUGGCUUCCAACUCCAAAACUCGCAUGAAUGAUGGCUCCCAAACGGCAUAUCAUUUGCGAGUGCAUUUGCGAGUGCAUUUCCGUCACCUUGAUCUUCAUCUCCAUCUGGACCAACACAUUCGUAGUUGCUUUCGAACUCUUCUUCACUGUCACUAUUAUAAUCUUCCCGUAGAAUAUUCCGAUCGGCCUCAGAUUGUUCAAACUCAACAUACAACUCGAUGAACGAGAUCUGAGCCCGAUUUUCAAUAUAUAUUGAAAACAUCUCUUGCAUGCUCGCUUCGUCCGUCACAUAUCUUGUUUGAAACUGGACGAAGCCACCAAACACCAGUAUGAGAUAUCUGUAUAGAAUACAGGAUAUUUUUCUUACCCUCUCAGAAUCAAUCUUUUCACAGAUCACACUUUUGUGCUCUUCAAAUGAGAUGAUAAAAGGAAUAACAUCUAGUGGAUUUUUACAAAUAAACUUUACUCCUUCAGACGUUUGUAGCAAAAUCUGACCAAAAUAAUACACUUUUAGUAACACUAUGUCACUCAUUUCUCUCGAUCACCAAAAAAGGAGCAUAACCUUAGCUAUUAAAUUCUCUGGUUCAAAAUAAGUAAGGAAGAAACCCAAAAAGAAGAACCAGAGGAAGCAGUCGUUGAAGAGGGGAAGAAGACGCGAGUAAGCUACCACCAACAACUGCACACUUUUAUAUAACCCUCUCUAUUCAACUCAGACUCUUCGACUAGGUUAACCUGAUUCAAAAUAAUAUUAAAAAACGAAAUCGAACCAUGCGUUUUUAUGUGCGGUUCGUAUAAAAAAUUGCCAAGCUUAGCCAAAACGGAGAGUCCGAGUUCAGCCUUUCUGAAUUCACAUUCUCAACAUGCAACUCGGACCAUGCGAGUUGAAGUACCAUUCCUUAUAGUAAAAAAUCCGGCUCAAAUAACACGGAAGAUCCGAUUUAUACCGUCCAAAAUUUAAUUCAUUUCUCCUCCCAAAUCAGACCAUGCGAUUUGAUGGAAAAAAGUUAAAAAACGAAGAACUCGCACAGUCCGAGUUCUUCUACCUCAUACUGACAAAAACUUGUCCCAUAUAUAUAUCUAGUCCCCUUAAAUCCAUAUCGAAGAAUAGCACACAUAUGCCUUCCAUUUCCAUAAAAUUGAGCCCAUCAAAAUACAUGUUCCCAAACUAUCACUAUUACAAGUAAAUCUAAGAGAAAAUAAAGAUCAUCAUUAUAA